GUGAACACGCACACGUUCCGGGACCGUCAGAAGGCCAAAGAGAAGCUGAUAUCUGCUCGGGAGUUUGGUGUGCACUACGAGACGGAGAAGGACCGCAUUAAGCGAGCAGAAGCUGAACAGCAGUUUCUGCGCCUUCCACGAGAGGCUUGGGCCCCCGGCCAAUGCGCGCCCCCACACCUGACGCCGCGAGAUGCGCGGAGCAAUACUGCUCUCCGCACCCGCGAUACCAAGCCGAAGCUGGCGGACACCAUUGGCGAGCUCAUUGUCAGUGACAUCCGCAUGCCUUAUGCCUCCGGAUACCCAGAGUGUCGGGCAAAGCAGCCCAAGCCGGGUCCCGGACAGCCUCGACAGUCGUUUACCACCAUGAAGCAAGGCCGAUUUCUGCAAGCCACCUCCAUGGGCCCUGGGCUUCUCGCAGAGCCCUGGACGGAUCGCGCGCGCGCGGAAUGGUGGGACAAGAUCAGAUAG